AUGGUAUUCAACGAAUUGGAUCCCAGAAUUUCAAGAGCAUUAUCAAAACUCAACUUUCAUAAACCAACUCUGAUACAAGCUGAAGCGAUUCCUUUAGCGUUGGCCGGUAAAGACAUACUAGCAAGAGCAAAGACCGGGAGUGGUAAAACAGCAGCUUAUUGUUUACCAGUUAUUCAAAAGAUAUUAAUUGUUAAAGAGGCAAGGCAUUUGGAUAAUACACAGCAUGAUGCCAUACCUGAAACAUCAUCGGAUCGUGCCGCAAUUCGAUCUCUCAUUUUAGUUCCAACUCGAGAACUAGCUGAACAAGUCACAAAACACAUCAAUAGUUUUCUAAUAUAUUGCUCUAAGGAAAUAAAAGUAGUCAACAUAGCAAAUACUACACCAGUGCAAUUGCAAAGACCGAUUUUAUCAGAAUUACCUGAUAUAAUUGUUGCAACUCCUAGUCGUGCGUUAGCACAUCUUGAAUCGCAAAAUAUUGUUGUUCGCGACACACUUGAUUCGCUUGUUAUUGACGAAGCGGAUCUUGUGCUGUCAUAUGGAUAUGAAGACGAUAUACAGAAAAUAUUGACUCAUUUACCAAAAAUUUUCCAAUGCUUUCUAAUGAGUGCAACUUUAACAAAGAACGUCGAGGAUUUGAAACAAUUAGUGUUGAGAAAUCCUGCUAUUUUGACAUUGCAUGAAGAUAAGGAUGAAAUCAAUCUUACACAAUAUUGUGUGCGGUGCUCUGAAGUUGACAAAUUUCUUUUAAUAUAUGUCAUCUUAAAACUUCGCCUAAUUAAAGGCAAAUGUAUUUUGUUUGUUAAUGACAUUGAUCGAUGUUAUCGUCUAAAAUUAUUUUUGGAGCAAUUCUCGAUCAAAACAUGUGUUUUGAAUUCAGAGUUGCCUUUAAAUUCCAGAUAUCAUAUUGUUCAAGAAUUUAACAAAGGAAUUUAUGAUUACAUUACGAAAAAUGUUAACAAAAAGCAUAAUAAAACCCAUUUACGGAAAAAAGACAAGGAAUAUGGGUCAUCCCGUGGUAUUGAUUUCAUCAAUGUAACAGCAGUUAUAAACUUUGAUUUUCCAACGUCAGCAAAAUCUUAUACCCACAGAGUUGGGCGAACUGCACGUGCUUCUCAACAAGGAAUGAGUCUAAGUUUUGUUGUUCCAAAAGAACUUGCAGGAAAACACAAAUAUGUAUCGUGCCCAUCGGCAAAGCACGAUGAAGAAGUAUAUGCUAAAGUAGAGAAACAACAAUCAUUAGCAGGUGCAACCUUAAGACCUUAUUUUUUCGAUAUGAAACAAGUGGAAGGAUUUCGAUAUCGUAUGGAAGAUGCAAUGAGGGCUGUUACGCGUGCUGCAAUUAAGGAAGCACGAUUGAAAGAUGUUAAGUCUGAAAUUUUAAAAUCAGAAACAUUGAAG